AUGAACGAAGAAGAGAAGAAGCAGACUCCUGAGGGUGUGGCCAGCAGCGGCGGUGCUGCUGCUGCUGGUACCCGUGCAGCUGCAGCAACAGCAGCAUCAUCAGCACCUGCUGUUGCAGCAACAGCAACACGUGCUGCCGCAGCAACCCCAUUACCUGCUGCAGCGGCAACAGUAAUACCUGCAUCAGCAGCAGCUGCUGCUGCAUCAGCAGCAAGCCGAAUGCAAAGGGAGAAGGAGCUGUAUGCAGACCACAAUCAGCUCUUCAGCAUUCCUUACCUCAGCAGCAGCAGCAGCAGCUUAGAAGUACUUUCACUUACAAAGAAUAACUUGCAAGUGCUGCAGCAGCAGCUGCAGCCUCUUGCUAUACUCCGCCGCCUAAGAAAUCUUAAUCUUAGAGACAACCCUAUUGCUUCAGAGACACUCUACAGGCAACGGGUAGUUGAAGUAUGUCGCGAGCUGCAGCUGUUAGAUUUGCUGCCGCUUAGCAGCGAAGAGAGACAGCUUCUACAGAGCAGCAAACAAAAAGCAAGGUCAAGAUGGAAGAAACCCAAGCAGCAGCAGCAGCAGCAGCAGCACAAGCAGCAGCAGCAGCAGCAGCAGCAGCAACAGUUGCUGCUGCAGCAGAAGCAGCAGCUGCAGCAGCAGAAAGCCGCUAUGGCCGCUGCAUGCACGGUAAUGGGGGGCUGCAUAGACUUUCGCUUUAACUUCUCUGAGUGCGAGAGGCUGCAGCUGUUAGCAGCAGCAGCAGCAAAAAAAGAAAGAGAGCGAACAGCAAAGACAACUCUAUCCCUUAGAGAGCAGCUGCUUGGGGUUGCUGCAGCAGACACAAAGACAACCAAUGAAGCAGCAACAGCAGCAGCAGCAACAGCAGCAGCAGCAACAGCAGCAGCAGCAGACACGAACCUCCUCUCCUCACGCGCAAAACGAAGUGCUGCCUCAACCAGCAGCAGCAGCAGCAGCAGCAGCAGCACGUGUUUUGCUGCAUGGCAGCUAGAUGCUGUGGGGGAGCAGCUGCGUCUUUUGGCUGGCGCAGCGGAACAAAGCGAAGGUAGCAGCAGCAGCAGCAGCAGCGCUAAUGCUGUUGCAGCAAUGUCUGCUGGUGGUGCUGCAGCAGCAGCAACCAGCAAUCGCAGGAGCAGCAGGAUGGCGACCGCAAAGCAUAAUACGACAGAAGGAGCAGCAGCAGCAGCAGCAGAAGCAGCAAUUAUACCCUUCAAGGAAUGUCGAAAGGUUUGCAAGCAGCUGCAGCACGACGCCUUCCUAAUUGGGUUGUCUCUUUCUGCUGCUGCAGCAAAAGAACUUGAGGUGUAUGCGCAGCUUCGCGCUGAACAAGCGAGGGAAGCAGCAGCAACAGCCGCUUCACCAGCAGCAGCAGGCUCCGCUGCAGCAACACCUGCCCUGAACAAAACAAAUGCAGCAGCAACAGCAGCAAAAGGCCGCCCAGCAGCAACUGCAGCAGUGGAGCAGCAGCAGCAGCAGCAAAACAAGGAUGCAGCUGCAGCAGAAACGCAGCAGCAGCAGCAGGGUAUACCCCUAAAAGAUUUCACCAGAUGGCUGCUGCAGCAGCACUGGAAGCCAAGGUCUCCGCAGCAAAUUCGAGAGGCAGCGGAGUGUCUAUACACCCGAGCGCAGCGGCUGCAGCAGCAGUUGCAGCAGCAGCAGCAGCUGCAACCGCAGCAGCAACAGCAGCUGCAGCAGCAAGCCCUCGCUGCAGCAACGCAGGUACAUCGCUGCAGCCCCUUGUGCACUGCAGCCAGCUAG